AUGACAUCAUUCUGCGACAAGCUUAUGAGCUAACUGAGUGAGUGUUCCUCAAAGACGCGAAGCAAACGUAAAUUCUCUUUUUUAGGACUGAUUCGCAUCUGAAACUCGGAGACGACAGUGCUCGAGUUGCUAGAACAUUCUCCAUGCUAAUACCAAAGGGGGGGUGGCUAAACAUACAUCGUCGUGAUGGUGUGGUGGCAAGAAGCAAUAUAGCAGAGGCUGAAACAAAGAAGUUUGUGCAAUGACAAUAAAGGCAUUCCUUCGUGCUGCAGAGAUCAAAUUCAAAAUAAGCAGGGUUCCGGUUCUUAUUGGAAAUAAGGUUUUAGUUGCAGGGUGUCUCUCCCUCAGUGAAGACAGAGACGCAGCACCUCUGCCACCAUGACAGACAACAAACGCCUCGCUUUCUCCAUCAUCCAGUUCCUCCAUGAUCAGCUCCAGUCAGGCACUCUGUCUUCAGAUGCUCAGGAGAGUCUCGAAGUUGCUGUUCAGUGUUUGGAGACGGCGUUUGACGUUUCUACCGAUGACCAGAGUCUCGCAGUCCCCAUGACGUUACCGGAGAUCUUUACCGCCGCUACAGCAAAGUAUGCAGCUCAGUCGCAGGUCAACAACAACUCCACGCCAAACUCCCCAACAGAGGAACAGAAAGCUGAGGCUGAAAGACUCAAAAGUGACGGCAACGACCAGAUGAAGGUGGAGAACUUUUCAGCUGCUGUUGAGUUUUACUCCAAGGCAAUCGCCAUCAACCCUCAGAACGCCGUCUACUACUGCAACAGAGCUGCAGCUUACAGUAAGCUGGGGAACUACGCAGGAGCCGUGCAGGACUGUGAACGAGCCAUCAGCAUCGACCCCAACUAUAGCAAAGCUUAUGGGCGGAUGGGUUUGGCUCUGGCCAGCCUCAACAAACACACAGAAGCAGUCAGUUACUAUAAGAAAGCUUUGGAGCUCGACCCGGAUAAUGACACCUACAAAACCAAUCUGAAGAUCGCAGAGGAGAAGAUGGACACGUCCAGUCCGACUGCAGGGCUGGGCGGAGUCGAUCUAGCUGGUUUGCUGAGUAACCCCGGGUUCAUGAACAUGGCCUCGUCUCUGAUGAACAACCCUCAGGUUCAGCAGCUGAUGUCUGGGAUGAUGUCUGGAGCGUAUGGUGGACUGGGAGGUGGGGGUGCUGGAGGGGGAGGAGGUGCAGCCCCGCCUCCUGGGGCUGCACCAGGAGCCCCUAGUGCCGCAGCACCUGGAGAUUUAUCAAGACUGAUCCAGGCAGGGCAGCAAUUCGCUCAGCAGAUGCAGCAGCAGAACCCUGAACUCAUCGAACAGCUGAGGAGUCAAAUGCGCAAUCAGACGCCCAGCUCUGGGAAUGAGGAGCAGCCGUGACCCUCGCAUAGAGUGGGACGGGUUUAUGGAGGAGGAGCACGCACUGUCUGACCUGUUUGGGGUUUUUUUUUUCUGAUCUGGAUCAUAAUAACUCGGAGGACUCGAAGGAAGUUCUGUUUUGCCAUCUCUGAUUAAUUCCUGCAUGAGAGAGAGAGAGAGAGCACAAGCGAGUCCUCCCUCGUCAUUCAGGAGGCACAUCACCGAAAACUCCACCCACUUCCUGCGGCUGUGUGGUUUUUAGAUCAAACGCAGAAUAAUCAGAGAUGUUCUGAUAACAUAUUGGACACCAGAUGUUAAACUGUAGAAACCUGGAAAGUCUUUUCCUCUAAAAACUACACAGUGUACCUUUAAAUGCAUUUUGUUGUUUUUGAUGGGUGUGUCAGAGUAUGAGUGUGUGUAUGUGUGUGAGGAUGAGUGUCAGGGUUAAUUUAGUGUAAAUGAACUAAUAACUCCUCGGUCACACGAAGCUCUGAGGAGGCACCAGGGAGGCUGUUUGAACACAGUUUCAAUAAAAAGACCAUCUCAACAUUUUA